CUAUGACAUGAUUUAUACAUCAAUAAGAUAUUCUUCCCAAUUAGAACCACACAAAUCCAUAGCUACAAAAGAGAGAACUUCACAAAAAAAGAAGUGUGAUUUAUUGGACUUACGAGUUAUACAACAAUCUAUCCUUUCUCUAACUCGGCAAUGGAGACAACUUCUAUUGGUACGAGUACCGGACCUUUACACGGCAGAAAAGAGGAGAAGAAAAAAAUGUCAGGAGCAAGAGCAAGGCAAUUCUUUCCCCUUUCACUUAACCAUUAUCACAUGUUCGUAUUACGAUUAUCUCUUUUCAUCAAGCCAUGGCCACUCUUUCUCUCGCAGUUUCCCCACCCUCACCAACCCCAUUCCCUUCCUCUGCUCCUCCUCCUCUUCCUUCCAAUCUCACAAUCCAAUGCUGCAGCAACAACAUCUCAAGCUACAAUUCCGCUCCUCAUGAACAGCUUCACUUCCCCACAAACGGGAAGCCAAGCUUCCAGCAGUCCCCUUUCAACACCAACUCUCCCCUGCCGCCGCGGCCCCGCCGCAUAAUCCUCGUCCGACAUGGAGAGAGCGAGGGAAACGUGGACGAGAACGUCUACACCAGAGUCGGCGACCCCAAAAUCGCCUUGACCCAGAAAGGGAAAGCUCAAGCGGAGGAAUGUGGGAUCAAAAUCAGGGAGAUGAUCGAAGGAAAUGGAGCGGCAGAGGACUGGAAACUGUACUUCUAUGUUUCCCCUUACAAAAGGACUCGGCAGACUCUGCAGCAUCUUGGGAAGUGUUUCGAGCGCCGGAGGAUAGCCGGAGUAAGAGAAGAGCCUCGGCUAAGGGAACAGGAUUUCGGGAAUUUUCAGGACAGAGAGAGGAUGCGGGUCGAGAAAGCUCUAAGAAUGUUGUACGGAAGGUUCUUCUUCAGGUUCCCUAAUGGAGAAUCAGCAGCCGAUGUCUAUGACAGGAUCACAGGAUUCAGGGAGACGUUGAAAUCGGAUAUCGACGUGGGACGGUUCCAGCCGCCGGGGCAGAGGAGCGAGGACAUAAACCUGGUGAUAGUGUCCCACGGGGUGACGCUGCGGGUGUUCUUGAUGAGAUGGUACAAGUGGACGGUGGAGCAGUACGAGAGGCUGCAUAACUUCGGCAAUGCGGGCAUGGUGGUGAUGGAGAAAGGCUACGGUGGGAGGUACAGUUUGCUGAUGCAUCACAGUGAGGAAGAGAUGAGGGAGUUUGGGCUGACUGAAGAGAUGCUCAUUGAUCAGGAGUGGCAAAAACAUGCGAGACCAGGGGAGCUGAACUAUGGUUGUCCGACUCUCAAUUCAUUCUUCACUCAUCUCGGAGACGAUGGGUGCAGAACGUGAUGAGAAGAAGGGACUGGAUAAGUGAGAAGCUAAGCUACCUGUGUUUUUUCAUGGAUGUAGCUAGUUUGCUUUUUUCUGGGUUUAUUUUCUCGUCUAAAGCAGGGGAGUUCCUGUAUAUGUAUAUAUGGUAGAUAAGAAAUACUGCAGAUGUAGUAACUGUUUAGGGUGGCUCAAUGUUUCUUUGGACUUUGGAAAAUAAGACAGGGAAACAUUGUAACUUGGCAUCUUAUAAUCUAAGUGAAAUGAAAUUAACUUUUACCU